CCUUAUCCUAUUUAUUAUCCCUAUUCUGCAUGAAAGAUAUCAAUGAUGAGAAGAAUUAAGACUGAGAUUAAUUGAAUUAAAAUCAUAAAAUUAAUGUAAUAAGUAAUUCCAGCACCAAGAGUUUAAGUAACAUAACCAUAUGCAGGGCAAAAGCCAGGUACUUCAGGGUUACGUAAAAAGGUGAGUGAGGCAACUUAGCCUAAUUAUUUAGAGAACUUUGUGCAAAGCAUUUUCAACACAUUACGCAAGGAUGAAUUGAAGCCUAAGAAUGUUCUCUUUGUUGGUGGAGAUGGAAGGUACUUUAAUAGAUAGGCUAUUUUCUCAAUAAUUCGUUUGGCUUAUGCAAAUGAUAUAAGCGAGGUACAUGUUGGCUAAGCAGGUUUAAUGUCUACUCCUGCCUCUUCACACUAUAUUCGUAAGGUUAAUGAAGAAGUUGGAAAUUGCAUAGGAGGAAUAAUCCUUACUGCUUCUCAUAAUCCAGGUGGCAAAGAACAUGGAGAUUUUGGAAUCAAGUUCAAUGUAAGAACAGGUGCUCCUGCUCCAGAAGACUUCACUGAUUAAAUCUACACACAUACGACUAAAAUUAAGGAAUAUUUAACAGUAGAUUAUGAAUUCGAGAAACACAUAAAUUUAGACUAAAUAGGAGUAUACAAAUUCGAAGGCACUAGAUUAGAAAAAUCACACUUUGAAGUGAAGGUAGUAGACACAGUUUAGGACUAUACUCAAUUGAUGUAGAAACUUUUUGAUUUCGAUUUGCUUAAAGGAUUAUUCUCAAAUAAAGAUUUUUCAUUUAGAUUUGAUGGUAUGCAUGGUGUUGCAGGACCUUAUGCUAAACACAUUUUUGGCACCUUAUUAGGAUGUUCAAAGGAGUCUCUAUUGAAUUGUGAUCCAUCUGAAGAUUUUGGAGGCGGUCAUCCAGAUCCAAAUUUGACUUAUGCUCAUGAUCUAGUUGAAUUAUUGGAUAUUCAUAAGAAAAAGGAUGUAGGUACAGUGCCAUAAUUUGGAGCUGCAUGUGAUGGAGAUGCCGAUAGAAAUAUGAUCUUAGGUAGAUAAUUCUUUGUAACACCUUCUGAUUCCUUGGCAGUUAUAGCUGCUAAUGCUAAUUUAAUAUUUAAAAAUGGCUUAUUAGGUGCAGCUAGAUCUAUGCCAACUUCAGGAGCUUUGGAUAAGGUUGCAGCCAAGAAUGGAAUAAAACUAUUUGAAACACCAACAGGUUGGAAAUUCUUUGGAAAUUUAAUGGAUGCAGGAUUGAUCAAUCUAUGUGGAGAAGAAAGUUUUGGAACUGGGUCAAAUCAUAUCAGAGAAAAAGAUGGAAUUUGGGCAGUGUUAGCAUGGUUGACUAUUUUGGCACAUAAAAAUAAGAAUACUGAUCAUUUUGUCACUGUUGAAGAAAUAGUCACUUAAUAUUGGUAAUAAUUUGGUAGAAACUAUUACUCAAGAUAUGAUUAUGAAUAAGUUGAUUCUGCUGGUGCUAAUAAAAUGAUGGAGCAUUUAAAAACUAAAUUCUAAUAUUUUGAAUAAUUGAAACAAGGAAAUAAAGCCGAUAUUUAUGAUUAUGUUGAUCCUGUUGAUCAAUCAGUGUCAAAAAACCAAGGAGUUAGAUUCGUUUUUGGAGAUGGAUCAAGAAUUAUAUUUAGAUUGAGUGGUACUGGAUCAGUAGGUGCUACUAUUAGAAUCUACUUUGAAUAAUUUGAAUAAUAGUAGAUUCAACAUGAAACAGCUACUGCUUUAGCCAAUAUUAUUAAGCUUGGAUUGGAAAUCAGUGAUAUUGCUUAAUUCACAGGAAGAAAUGAACCAACUGUCAUAACUUGAACAAUCAAUCAUAUUAAUAAAUCAAUAUACAAUAUUCUUAUUAUUAUA